AUGCCGACGACGCAUCCGCAAGCCACUAGCUCGCACAUGAUGAAGACGACGAAGCGGGGUCGUCCGUUUCUCAAGGACACGCUGGACCUCUUCGCCACGCUGAUCACGUCGAUGGAGCUUACGACCCACAAACAGUAUUUCCGAUCGUUUCCAAACUCUUUUACAACCGACGACGCCUGCGAAUGUCUCUCGUGUCUGAAGUUUUCUCAAUCCAACCGCUCGGCAGAUCCGAGAGAUCCAGACCGGAUAAUCACUACCACGACGACGACCACGUUUAGUAUGACGCGCGACAUGGCGAAAGCAAUGUCCCAACACUUUAUGGAUGCCCGGCUCAUCGAGAAUGCGAUUGAUAAGACCUCGAACCAAUUCAAGGACCGGUCUGUUUAUCAGCUCACACCAAAAGGACUCCAUGUGUUGGAACGGUUCAUUUCCAAGAACGGCGUCAACGCGGAGGGCCUCGUCAAGGUUUUCCAAUCUCAGCCCAUUUGCAUGAAACUCCUCCAUCUCGAACGCAGAGCAUCCGACGACGAAAUCAUCAUCUCUCAACAAGUUGUGACCGCCCUUUUCCGCCGCUUUGCUGGUCGCUCGCCCAACUACAUCGACGAGGCCAGCCAGUCAGACGACCCGGCAGUCGAAUACAACCAGCGCUCGGCGGGGAUUCCCUUGAGCGACGUUGUGGAGCGAGCCCCCCAACUGAUUGGAAAAGGCCCAUUGCAGACGUUCAAAUACUGCUUCUUGGCUGUCAAUGCCCUCGAAUGGCUGUGUGACUUUACGUCGAUUGUUGGUCGAGACGAAGCAGCGGAGAUGGCGGCUCAUUUUGUCCGGUUUGGGCUGAUUACGCUUUUGAGCGACAAGCGCAAGACCUCCGACUCUGCCGUCAUCUUCACUGUCCGUGGUACGGCGACCGGUCCAAACUCCGCGGCGGCGACCCAGGGCGAGUUUAGGUGCACGGCAAAAGCAAUCUACCGCAUCACAGAAGAGGGUCGAAAGGUUGCCAGAUGGACCGAGGCGCGCCCAACGCAGAGCAGUACCGGCCGAGACUCGCCGGUCGGCACCCCCAGCAGUCGUCAAGGAUCCGAUCGCGUGUCUUCGGACACCAACGAUGGCGCCCCGCGAGCCACCGAGUUGGCAUUUGGUCCCGGUAGCGGGUCUCAUGUCCCCAAUACGCUGGAACAUACGACGGAUCACCAGAUCCACAGGCGUAUAUCCAUGGACGAAAAGCUCAAAGCAGACCAUGGUACAGGAGAUAAGGGCCCAACGCAAAAAGAAAGCAAUACAGACCGUCUCAAGUUUAUUCUUGAUGAACCUGCGCUUCGAUCCCUGUUCCGCGAAUUUUUGCGAGGCAAUUUCUGCGAGGAAAAUUUGUCGUUUUGGCUCGAGGUCCAAGAGUUUAAACGCAAGUUUUUGAUCACCUCGACUGCAGUCUCGCAGCGCAACGUGGCAGGUCAGGGAGGGCGAAAUAUACCUCAGCAUGCUGCAAUGGAAAAGCAUCACGAGUCGCUGAUCCAGAUGGCAUUUGUGAUCUACAACAUGUAUCUGGCGCCGAGCUCGCAGUGCGAGCUGAACAUUGAUCACGGUCUGCGCAACGACUUGGUGGCAUACCUAAACGAGGUCAUGACAGAGUCGACAGGAAAGGCCGUUCAAGGGCGAGUCGAUCUGGAACAGGCGGCGUCGAUCAACGCGACGCAGCUCAAGCACAUUAUCCAGCUCUAUGAACGUAUCCAACUUCACGUCUUCAGGCUGAUGGCCACUGAUUCGGUUCCCAAGUUCAUUAAGACGAAGCGCUUCCUUGCACUGCGUCAUUGGGUCGAAGACUACGAGGCCAGCGAAAAUGAUUCUUUCUUGCCUCCAGGUUAUGGAAACCCCUCUGCACCACCGGGACUCGAAGGAGAGAACAGCGGCGAGAUUGGCGGCGCGUACAUGACGGUGUCGCAGCAGGCCAACGAAAAAGCAGCUGCAGCGGCCAAAGAGAAACUGCAGCGAGCGACUCGAGGCGAUAUCUGA